AGAAAAGGCAUCAUUCAUUUCCUCGCCACCACACCCUGCUUCGUGAAGCUCACUGCAUCAACAUCUCUCUCUCUCUCUCAAAUCGAAAAUGAGCAAAGGACCGGGUCUCUUCUCCGAUAUUGGCAAGAAAGCCAAAGAUCUAUUGACUAAGGAUUACAGCUCCGAUCAAAAACUCACCGUUUCAUCCUGCAGCAAUGCUGGAGUGGCCCUCACUUCAACAGCUGUGAAGAAAGGAGGACUCUCAACUGGGGAUGUGGCAGCACAGUACAAGUAUAAGAACACUAUUAUUGAUGUUAAACUUGACACAGCAUCAAUUAUCUCCACGACCCUCACAUUCACUGACAUUCUCCCAUCCACCAAGGGCAUUGCUUCAUUUAAGCUGCCUGAUUAUAAUUCUGGCAAGUUAGAGGUUCAAUACUUCCAUGACCAUGCUACUUUAACAACAGCUGUUGCACUGAACCAAUCCCCUGUCAUUGAUGUUACUACCACAAUUGGUACCCCAAGCAUUGCUUUUGGUGCUGAGGCAGGCUAUGACACUACAUCUGGCGGCUUUACUAAAUAUAAUGCUGGGAUUAAUAUCACGAGACCUGAUUCAUCUGCUUCAAUAAUCCUUGGUGACAAGGGUGACAGCAUUAAAGUAUCAUACCUCCAUAAUCUGGACCAAUUUAAGAAGAGUGUUGCUGUUGCAGAGAUCAUUAGAAGGUUCUCAACAAAUGAGAACACUUUUACAGUAGGAGGGUCUUAUGCUGUUGACCAUCUGACACAGGUCAAGGCAAGGCUCAACAAUCACGGAAAGCUUGCGGCCCUCCUGCAGCAUCAGAUCAUACCAAAGUCAGUGUUGACUCUUUCUGGUGAGGUUGACACCAAGGCCCUGGAUAAAAAACCCAGGUUUGGGUUGGCCAUUGCCCUCAAACCUUGAGGGUUUUUUUUCAUUUUUACUAAUGAUUGGAAUUCCAACCUCAAUUCAAUUUUUUUGCGGGCCCUUGAAGGGAGGGCAAAUAAUUAGUUCCACAUAUGAGCGUUUCUUGUUUCUUCAUGAAUGGAUGAAAUAUUGCAAUAAUUUGGAAUCCACGGGUGGCUUCUGUUUCCCAGAUUUUUUUAUUGAAUUUUCUGCUUUUCCUCGUACUUUGUAGUAGACAUUCCGAGAUCUGAAAGUCCUGUUCUCCAGUAUGAUUAU